CUAACCUAAUUUUUCAAAAAUUUGCAUUUGCAAUUUUGCAUUUACCAAAGGAAAAAAUCUCCAUAGACAAACUAAAAACUAAAUCUCUACAUUAAUUACUGGGAAAGAGGAAUACUUCAUUCUUUACUUCACAUUACUUUCAUUAUUUAUUAUAAACACUAGGAUACCAUAAUGAACUGUAUAGUUCCUGCUCAAAAUAUGAAAAUUUUAUCUAAAGCUAUCAAUGCUUUAGCUAAAGUUGGAGAUGAAAUAUAUUUGGAAGCUGACGAAGAAAAAUUGACAUUCACUACUUUAAAUAUGAGCAAAACUGUAUGUUCUCAAUGCUCUUUCAUGAAGAGCUUUUUCUCAUCAUAUUUCGUUGAAACGAAGGAUUCCCCAGGGAGUGCUGCCAGCACAACUUGUAAAUUAUUUAUGAAGUCAGUGUUACCUCUUUUUAAAGGAAAUUUAGAAAAAAAGUUGGAAUUUUUAAAAGUUGAAUAUGAAAAAGAAAGUGAUUUCAUAUUAUUGAAAAUGAAAUAUAAAUAUGAUCAAAUAAUGAUGAUACAUAAGUUGAGACUGAUGGAUUCAGAGACCCUUAGUGUGGGGAUAACACCUAACAGUGGAGUUAACAAUUUAUGUGGAAAUAGUUCUCUUUUUACCCAAAUCCUUUCGAUGUUCAAUUUGAGUGAUAGUGAGAUAACUUUAGAAAUUAUGAAUUCAAGAUUAGUGGCAAGAAACUUUUAUGUUGGAGGUGCAACCAAUCCGAAAUUGAUGCGUGUUGAAGUAAAAUUGAGUGCAGGAGAGUUUCUCAUCUUCGAUGUGAAAAAUAACACGAAUAUCAAUUUCGCUCUAAGGCCUCUGAGGACUGUGAUAAGUUUUGCUGAAAAUUUCAAUUUGCCUAUUGGACUUAAUUUUGAUAGUGGGGGAAAGCCAUUAACAUUUCUGAUGAAGCAUCCCACAUUCAACUUGCACUUUAUUGUAUCUACUCUGAAUCCUAACCGAGACUUGCAAUCCAGCAUGGCUUCAACAUCCUUACCAGCAUCUACUCAAAGGAAUAAUAAUUUGCAUAUUUCAAUAGAGGAUCAACAAGCACUGGCGAAUGAGAAUUGGGAUGAAUUCGAUUUACAAAAUAAUCAAAACAAUAGUUUCAUUUCAAUGAUGAACAGAGCAAGUUCUACUCGAAGCGACGUUGAUGGGGUUGUCGCAGUUGAAAAACCAAAUACAUUAAAGAAAAUGAAUUCAUUGAACCUCGAUGAUCCGCAUCUGAAAACAAAUGGAGAUCAGUAUCGUGAUGAUGCUGAUGUGAUUUCGCAAUCUUCGGAUUCUCCGAGAGAUAAGAGAAUGAAACUGAUUUUCAGUCGAUGUUAUGAACCAACUAUUGUAGAACCCGAUUUGGGAAAGGUGUACGUUGGAAAUAGCGACUCAGAAUGAAGAAAAAUUGAAGGCAUCCUUCAUUGUACAGAACAAGUUAUUUAUUUUUUCAAAAUAAAAUUUUUUGAAUCUCAAA